GAGCCGGUUCUCACUCAACUUCCAUUAAGCACUCGGGGCAGAAGUUACGCGCAGGCGGCAGGAGGUAGCCGGACAUCGAGGCCUGCGCGCGGGCGUGCGGGAGCCGGGCACGGAGAACCGGGCUGAGAGCAAGGAGCGCGGCAUGGAGCGUCUGGCACCCCGCGCCUGCCUCGCCCUGCUGUGGGGCUGCCUGCUGGCCGCGGCUGCCGCGGCGCAGGGCAAGGAAGUCGUCCUGUUGGACUUUGCUGCAGCUAAAGGGGAACUCGGCUGGCUCACACACCCAUAUGGCAAAGGGUGGGACCUCAUGCAGAACAUCAUGGACGACAUGCCCAUCUACAUGUACUCCGUGUGCAACGUGGUGGCUGGCGACCAGGACAACUGGCUCCGCACCAACUGGGUAUACCGCGGUGAGGCCGAGCGCAUCUUCAUCGAGCUCAAGUUCACCGUGCGUGACUGCAAUAGCUUCCCUGGGGGCGCCAGCUCCUGCAAGGAAACCUUCAACCUCUACUACGCCGAGUCUGACGUGGACUAUGGCACUAACUUCCAGAAGCGCCAGUUCACCAAGAUCGACACUAUUGCGCCUGACGAGAUCACGGUCAGCAGCGACUUCGAAGCACGCCACGUGAAGCUGAACGUGGAAGAACGCUCCGUGGGGCCGCUCAGCCGCAAGGGCUUCUACCUGGCCUUUCAGGACAUUGGUGCCUGCGUGGCGCUGCUCUCUGUGCGCGUCUACUACAAGAAGUGUCCCGAGCUGCUGCAGGGGCUGGCCCACUUCCCCGAGACCAUUGCGGGCUCCGACGCGCCCUCCCUGGCCACCGUGGCUGGCACCUGCGUGGACCACGCUGUGGUGCCGCCCGGGGGUGAAGAGCCCCGCAUGCACUGUGCAGUGGAUGGCGAGUGGCUGGUGCCCAUCGGCCAGUGCCUGUGCCACGCAGGCUACGAGAAGGUGGAGGACGCCUGCCAGGCCUGCUCGCCGGGAUUCUUCAAGUCCGAGGCCUCCGAGAGCCCCUGUCUGGAGUGCCCCCCAAACACCCUGCCAUCCUCCGAGGGGGCCACCGCCUGCGAGUGUGAGGAAGGCUAUUUCCGGGCCCCGCAGGACCCACUGUCACUGCCCUGCACACGCCCGCCCUCCGCCCCGUACUACCUCACGGCUGUGGGCAUGGGCGCCAAAGUGGAGCUGCGCUGGACGCCCCCCCAGGACAAUGGGGGCCGUGAGGACAUCACCUACAGUGUCACCUGCGAGCAGUGCUGGCCCGAGUCAGGCGAGUGCGGUCCCUGCGAGGCCAGCGUGCGCUACUCGGAGCCACCGCACGGGCUGACCCGCACCAGCGUGACAGUCAGCGACCUGGAGCCCCAUAUGAACUACACCUUCACCGUAGAGGCCCGCAACGGCGUCUCGGACCUGGUGACCAGCCGCAGCUUCCUCACGGCCAGCGUCAGCAUCAACCAGACAGAACCCCCCAAGGUGAAGCUGGACGACCGCAGCACCACCUCGCUGAGCGUCUCUUGGAGCAUCCCUCCGCCGCAGCAGAGCCGCGUGUGGAAGUACGAGGUCACCUACCGCAAGAAGGGGGACUCCAACAGCUACAACGUGCGCCGCACUGAAGGCUUCUCCGUAACCCUGGAUGACCUGGCUCCAGACACCAUCUACCUGGUCCAGGUGCAGGCACUGACGCAGGAGGGCCAGGGUGCUGGCAGCAAGGUGCACGAGUUCCAGACACUGUCCACAGAAGGAUCUAGCAACAUGGCAGUGAUUGGUGGUUUGGCCGUUGGUGUGGUCUUGCUUCUGGUGCUGGCAGGAAUUGGCUUCUUCAUCCUCCGCAGGAGGAAGAGCCUGCGGACGCGCCAGUCCUCGGAAGACGUUUACUUUUCCAAGUCAGAACAACUGAAGCCCCUGAAGACAUACGUGGACCCACACACAUACGAGGACCCCAACCAGGCCGUGCUCAAGUUCACCACCGAGAUCCAUCCGUCCUAUGUCACACGGCAGAAGGUGAUCGGAGCAGGAGAGUUUGGGGAGGUGUACAAGGGCACGCUGAAGGUGCCGGGCAAGAAGGAGGUACCCGUGGCCAUCAAGACGCUGAAAGCCGGCUACACCGAGAAGCAGCGGGUGGACUUCCUCAGCGAGGCCAGCAUCAUGGGCCAGUUCAGCCACCACAACAUCAUCCGCCUGGAAGGCGUUGUCUCCAAGUACAAGCCCAUGAUGAUCAUCACCGAAUACAUGGAGAACGGGGCUCUGGACAAGUUCCUUCGGGAGAAGGAUGGCGAGUUCAGCGUGCUGCAGCUGGUGGGCAUGCUGCGGGGCAUUGCGGCCGGCAUGAAGUAUCUGGCCAACAUGAACUACGUCCACCGCGACCUGGCUGCCCGCAACAUCCUCGUCAACAGCAACCUGGUCUGCAAGGUGUCUGACUUCGGCCUGUCCCGUGUGCUGGAGGAUGACCCCGAGGCCACCUACACCACCAGUGGUGGCAAGAUCCCGAUCCGCUGGACGGCUCCGGAGGCCAUCUCCUACCGCAAGUUCACCUCCGCCAGCGACGUAUGGAGCUAUGGCAUCGUCAUGUGGGAGGUGAUGACAUACGGCGAGCGGCCCUACUGGGAGCUGUCGAACCACGAGGUGAUGAAGGCCAUUAAUGAUGGCUUCCGGCUUCCCACACCCAUGGACUGCCCCUCCGCCAUCUACCAGCUCAUGAUGCAGUGCUGGCAGCAGGAGCGCGCCCGCCGCCCCAAGUUCGCCGACAUUGUCAGCAUCCUGGACAAGCUCAUCCGAGCCCCCGAAUCCCUCAAGACCCUGGCUGACUUUGACCCCCGGGUGUCCAUCCGGCUGCCCAGCACCAGCGGCUCCGAGGGUGUGCCCUUCCGCACGGUGUCCGAGUGGCUGGAAUCCAUCAAGAUGCAGCAGUACACUGAGCACUUCCUGGCGGCCGGCUACACGGCCAUCGAGAAGGUGGUACAGAUGACCAAUGAUGACAUCAAGAGGAUCGGGGUGCGGCUGCCCGGCCACCAGAAGCGCAUUGCCUACAGCCUGCUGGGCCUCAAGGACCAGGUGAACACAGUGGGGAUCCCCAUCUGAGCCCUGACAGACCUCGUGACCCCCUCAGCUAAGAAUACUUGAAGAAACAGACUGGCUUUCCUGCCAGCUCCAUGCUGGGCCACCAGGGACCUUAUUUAUUUCUAGUCUUUCUUUAUUGAUGCCACCCUGAGGGCUCUGCUGGGGGGUCUUGGACGAUACCUUGGCCUGAGCUGAGGAGAUGCUCAGGAACCUUGGGCAGGGGGGCCUCUUCACCUACAAAGGACAGACAGCCAAGCACUUAGCAGUCACCAUCGUGUUCCCAGCAUCCCCUGGGGCAGGAGCCCUGCCAAGGCCUUUGGACACACACGUGGGACAUUGCUAAACUGACCUCCCCUUCGCCGUCUCAGGAGGUGGGGCAGUCAGCCUGCAGUGGUCACAGGAGCAGGGUAUCUCACGAGAAGAGGACAAACAGCAGUCAGCUGGGCAAGACCCACAGUGGUUCUCCCGUCCCUCUAGUGCCUUCCUCAGCCCCCCAGGCCCCAUCCUCAGCCCCCACGGGCCAAACUCUUGCUUCCUCGGGGCCCUCACAGGAUGCUUGGUUGUGUGGAGGGUUGUUUUUUUUUUUUUUUAAUAUAUAUUUUGUACUUUGUGGAGAGAAUGUGUGUGUGACAGGGGCCCAGCUAGGACUGGGGGCAGACAACGGCCUGUGUCAGACAUUCCCAGGCUGGGGGCUGGCCCAUCCGGCCUCUCACCCCUUUAGACAACAUUUUCUACUCUGUCAGUAUUAAUGAUUUUGUUCUGUUGCGUAUUUUUUUCGAACCUUAAUUUAUUAUUAUUUUUUUUAUAUUUAUUGUUAGGAAAUGACUUAUUUCUGCUCUGAAAUAAAGUUGCA